UUUUGUCUCUCUUACAGAAGAGACUGAGCAGUACCUCUUCCUCUGACCUGAUUUUAACGUUUCAUGUUGAUAUCAGCAGUCUGCGUGUAUCUCGCCGUCUGAUGAAAGGUUGUUAGGAUGCGAUAAGCGUAUUCUAGUGGGGAAAGUGUCCAAAAUCCCCUUUAUUUCGAGUGCGAAGACAGGACAACACGCCACUAGUAACGUUAGUUACUAGCAACAGCGGCUCUCUGUUUUUUGUCGAAAGAUGCCCAGUCCCUCCUGUUCUCUCAUCUGAAGACCGUAGGAGAGAAGUCUAGUUUAGUGAUGAAACAGGACCCGUUGACCAGAGGGGGUAACACGGGUCCACCCCUGCCAGGGAGGGGAGACUCUAUGGGGGUAUCGCUGCUAGGCAGCACCCCCCCUUCCUCCUCCAUCUCCUCAAUCUCCUCCCUCUCUUCCUUCAUCUCUUCAUCUUCCUCUGGGGAAGAAAGGAGAAAGGGAGGUGGUGAGGAGUUUAUUGGCAGAGAGGAGGGGGAGGUGGUCAGCAUUUCCAUAGUUACCAUAUCGGAGGAGUCCUGGCCCUCGGAACCGUUCGGAACUGUCGGAGGUCACGUCGAGAGGAAGAGGAAGUUGGACCAUGGACCAGACAUCAGGCCUUUCCCUUCAGGCAAGAAACACUGCAAAGGUUCCAACUACCUCAGUCCCUCCAGUUUCGUUCCAUUCCAGACCACGCCCACUACCUUUGGGGACCUGCGAGCAGCCAAUGGGCAUUCAGCUCAGCGGAGACGUGUGACUUCAGGUCCGCCCCCCUCCGGCCUGCAGGACUGGCUGCACACCUUCCAGGCGUGGAGUGCUCCUGAGCGUCUAUUGGCUCUGGAUGAGUUGAUUGACACCUGUGAGUCCAAUCAGGUGAAGCACAUGAUGCAGGUUAUUGAGCCUCAGUUCCAACGAGACUUCAUCUCCCUGCUGCCCAAAGAGUUGGCCCUGUGUGUCCUGAUGUUCCUGGAGCCCAAAGAUCUGAUCAUGCUGCUCUUCCUAUACUGGCUGAGGAUAACUUCUUCUGUGGAGGGAGAAGUGUAGAGAGGAGGGUAUUGAAGAGCCCCUGGUUGUGAAGAGAAGAAACACUCUUAAACCUGGGUUCCUCCACUCGCCCUGGAAGAGUGCCUACG